AUGCAGGAAAUCUUCGAACGAACCACCAUCCGAGACGAAACUGGCAGAUUCGUAGUCACCCUACCGAAAAAGGAGGCUGUCAUUCAGAAACUGGGAGACUCCAAGGCCAACGCUCUCAAACGAUUCUACGGACUAGAGCGUCGGUUUGCAGCAAACGCUGCGUUGAAAGAAGCGUACUUCGAAUUCAUCAACGAAUAUAGGGCAAUGGGUCACAUGGAAGAAGUAGCAGAAGAUGAGGAACCCGUAUACUAUCUACCGCAUCACGCUGUGCUGAAGCCGGAUAGCACGACGACAAAGCUUCGUAUCGUGUUCGACGCUUCGUGCCGCACGUCGUCCGGCGUAUCGUUGAACGAUGGGCUGAUGGUAGGACCCGUCGUCCAAGACGACCUUCACUCCAUCGCGUUGCGUUUCCGAUUUUGGAGGUACGCAAUAGUGGCAGACGUGGCGAAAAUGUAUAGAAUGGUGAAGGUUUGCCCAGCUGACCACCUACUGCAGUGCAUUCUCUGGAGACCGUCUUCCGAUGAUCCCGUUAAGGCGUAUAAACUGACCACGGUUACAUACGGAACCAGCUCUGCGCCAUACCUGGCAACGAAGUGCCUUCAACGACUGGGAAUUGAGGGUGCAGCAACCCACCCAGCUGCUGCGAAGACGGUCAAGAAGGACUUCUACGUGGAUGAUGCGCUGAGCGGAACUGAUGAUUUGGAGGAAGGCAGAUCGCUCGUGUCGGACUUGAUUGAUCUGACCAACUCAGCAGGCUUUAUCUUGCGGAAGUGGAGUUCCAACAGCGCUGAACUGCUUUCCCACGUUCCAGCUGAGCUUCGGGACGAACGAAUUUCAUUUGAACUGGAUUCGUCAACCUCCGCUGUGAAAACUCUUGGUCUGAUAUGGGAACCAGCUGCAGAUAUUUUUCGUUUCGCCGUACCCCAACUAGAAUCGGAUGCUCCUAUCACCAAGAGAACCGUUUUGUCGGAAUCAGCCAAGAUUUUCGAUCCAUUAGGGCUAAUCGGUCCGGUAGUUGUGCAGGCCAAGAUAUUCCUACAAACACUGUGGAAGCAGAAAUGCGACUGGGACGACCUGCUGCCGGAAGAGCUACAGAAUGCAUGGAUUGAGUUUCGGAGAAAUCUGCUGGCCUUGGACACUCUUUCUGUGCCACGCUGGGUUUCAUUUACGAAGGGUUUAGUAACGGUAGAACUGCAUGGAUUUGCUGAUGCUUCCAACGCUGCCUAUGGAGCCUGUCUCUAUUUGCGAUGUAUCACGGUUGACGGCACAAUAACCGUCAGGCUCAUCACGGCCAAGUCAAGGGUUGCACCACUGGAAGAUUUGAAGCGGAAGAAGAAGGUCCUUUCGACGCCACGUCUAGAACUUUCCGCAGCGCUUUUGUUAAGUCAUUUGUAUGAAAAGGUCUGUAGCAGUGUUCAGAUUCCGUUUCAACCGUUCUUCUGGACCGAUUCCACAAUCGUGAAGUACUGGCUAGCGUCUCCACCUUCCCGCUGGCAGAUUUUCGUGGCAAAUCGAGUAUCGGAGAUCCAGCACAUAACCAGCAACGGCGUAUGGAACCAUGUAGCCGGAGCGGACAAUCCGGCGGACAUAAUCUCGCGUGGCAUGAUACCCGCGCAGCUGAAGUACGAAACGACAUGGUUUGAAGGCCCUCUGUGGUUAUGGCAGGAUCGCUCAAGGUGGCCUAGUAGCUCCGCUAUCCCGGACGUCGAACACUCUCUUCUCGAGGAGCGAUCUGUCGUCGCACUGCCAGCUCGUGUGAAGACUCCUAGCGAAAUCUUUCUCCUCCGUUCCUCGUUCACCGAUAUCGUCCGGAUCGUAGCAUGCAUCCGGAGAUUCCUCCACAAUGCAACUCCGAACAAUCGCAAUCACAGACUCACGGGCCCUAUCAAGCUUCAAGAGUUGAACGAAGCGACGAACGUCCUAGUUCGUUUAGCGCAGGAAGACAGCUUUCCCGAGGAAGUUGCGGCACUUUCUCGUGGCCGGGAGAUGAAGACUUCGUCCAAAAUCCUUUCGCUUCAUCCCAUUUUGGUUGGUAAAACGCUUCGCGUUGGCGGCCGGCUUGCUAACGCGCCAAUCGCGGAGAGUCGAAAGCAUCCUAUGAUACUCCACCACCACCAUCCGUUCACCAAGCAGAUUUUGCGGCACUACCACAUCAAACAUUUCCAUUCUGGUCAACAACUUCUGGUAGCCUCCGUCAGAGAGAAAUUCUGGCCCACGAACGCACGUGAUCUGGCCCGCACGGUGUGUCAUGAGUGUGUGACGUGCUUCCGGAGCAAGCCUACCGUUCACGAGCAGCUAAUGGCCGAUCUCCCUUCGGUUCGAGUCAAUCCUGCAGCCGUUUUCCUAAAGCGUAGCAGUGAAGUGCUUCGUAGCAAUUUUCGUUUGUCUGGCAACGAAGGCUGUGCACAUGGAGGUUUUGCGGACUUGUCGACUCAAGCUUUCUUGGCGGCCUUCAGACGAUUUGUUGCAGUUAGAGGAAAGCCGCAGGUGGUCAUGUGCGACAAUGCCACCAAUUUCGUAGGAGCCAACAGAGAAUUGGAGGAGUUGCGUCUCCAGUUCCUCGAUCAGCAGUUUCAACAUACCGUGGUCCGCACAGCUGAAGAUGAAGGAAUUCAGUUCGAGUUCAUACCGGCACGCUCUCCCAAUUUCGGUGGACUCUGGGAGGCGGCGGUCAAGUCGUUUAAGGGACAUUUUCGGAAGAUCGUCGGUAAUCAGCAGUUAAGCUACGACGAGUUGCACACCAUUGUUCAGCAAGUGGCCGCAAUACUAAAUUCGCGCCCACUGACUCCACUUAGCAACGACCCUAACGACUAUGCUGCCCUAACCCCGGGACACUUCCUCGUUGGAAGACCCUUGACAGCGGUGCCUGAACCCGAUUUGCAGGAGAUACCAGAAAAUCGGUUGGCAGUCUGGCAGCGAUCGCAAGAAUUUGUGCAAAGACUCUGGCGGAAAUGGAAGACGCACUACCUAUCAGACUUGCAUAAUAGGACCAAAUGGACGAGAAAACGCGACAAUAUCAAGAUCGGCACCAUGGUAUUGGUGAAGGAGGACAAUUUGCCUCCACAACGGUGGAAAUUGGGGCGAGUCACCGAAAUCUACGCCGGCUCGGAUGGAAACGUCCGAGUAGUGAACGUUCGCACCAAGGACGGGAUCUUCAAGCGAGGUAUCUCCAAGAUCUGCAUUCUCCCUAUCAAGGAUAAUGCAUCCACAGACGAAGAGCAGUAG